AUGGCCUUAUCCCCGGCCUCAGACUCGCGUUUUAGCCAUAGUAGAUGGGUAAGAGAGAUUAGCAAGAUUCUCGAAAAGGAAGUAUGGAUCGACAUUGACAUCCCCGUGUCGAUCUUUCGUGUUCCUAAAACCAUAACCGCUCACAAACCCGAAGCCUAUGUCCCUCAUAUCGUUGGUCUAGGCCCUUAUCGACAUUUCCAAGAGGAGCUUUAUGAGAUGGAGAGAGCUAAGCUAGCAACCGCAGCCCGACUUCAAAAACAAGUCUUUCAUAGCAUCGAGUUUAAAGAUCUUGUUCACGAGCUCAACUCUUUAGAAUACAAGGUUCGGGCUUGUUAUCAUAAAUAUCUUGACAUCGAUGGUGAAACCCUAACGUGGGUUAUGGCCAUCGAUAGCAUGUUCUUACUUGAAUAUCUUUAUUUGACGGUCAAGAAGUUCGAGGCGCCAAUACCGGUAGUUGAGUCGUCGUCUUCGGCUCAUCUUCUAGGACCGAAUGGAAGAACUUUCUCGUUGGAUUCCAUCAUUGGCGAUGUAAUGUUGCUCGAGAAUCAAAUUCCUAUAUUCUUCCUUAAGGAAACGUUAGGCGUCUUAGGUUCGUCGAGUAAGGUUAGCGACGAAGUGCUCCCGUCGGUAUUGAUUGAUUUUUGCAAGAUUGUGUCGCCAAUUAAAGACAGCAAUAUGGAAGUUGUUCAACCAUCGGAGGUAUGGAGGCAUGCACAUUUGCUUGACCUACUCUACCAUUUGGUUACACCUAAAUUGAAGGGAGACGAAAGUGGUUCGAGAACCGAGCGACGAGAAUCGGUGAAUUAUGAGUCCGACGAGGAGAGCUCACACUCAACCGGUCGAAUCUCCAAAAUUCUCGACAAUCUUAUAGACAUGGCUCCCUCGAACAAAUUCACCGCUCCUAUUAAAUCCGUAAUUCCAAUGAUAUCUAACCUAGUAUCAACGAAAAAAUCAUCGGAGAAAGAAAAGAUUGCGCUUAUGGAAGAGAUUAUGAUUCCCACGGUAACACAACUAGUGGAUGUCGGGAUACAAAUUUGUCCCACUAACGACGGGGUUCGAUCGAUUCGGUUCGACGUAAAAGAGAGGAAGUUUUACCUCCCCAUCAUCACAUUGAACAACAAUUCCGAGGUGAUAAUGAGGAACUUAGUGGCGUACGAAGCUUCGAUCGAAUCAGGGCCACUUGUUCUCGUUCGAUAUAUGGAACUAAUGCACGGGAUAAUCGACUCUCCUAACGACGCGAUGAUAUUGAGGAAGAGUAAAGUCAUUAUCAAUAGCUUGAAAAACGAUGAAGAUGCUGCCGAACUAUUCAAUGGAGUGACUAAGUCCAUUAGACUCACGACCGUGCCACAUAUCGACAAGGCUAUACAAGAUGUUAACAAGUACUUCAACAACGUAACACGAGUCAGGAUCUAUAGGCGUAUGAAACAUACCGUUUAUAGGUCGUGGAAGAUGUUGACGGUUAUAACGGUUAUCUUGCUCACGUUGAUGAUGAUUCUUCAGUCGUUUUGUUCGAUCUAUAGCUGCCCUCGCAUUUUUAACACAAUUAGUAGUGAUGAUGGUAAUGAGUGA